AGGAGGAGCUAGCGCGUCUCGACCCGCCCCGUCCCGUCCAGUCUGGCCUGGGCGCCGAAGAAACUGCUGUCCUAGCAGCUGCCACCCAACAGCCUGUCCUGGGUGCCCUGAUCCCUGCCCCGCAUCCAGUCAUGACCCUGCGCCCCUCACUUCUCCAGCUCCGUCUGCUGCUGCUGCUGCUGCUGCUCGGUGGGGCAGCGUGCCGGGCUGAGGCCGGGUUCGAAACCGAAAGUCCCGUCCGGACCCUCCAAGUGGAGACCCUGGUGGAGCCCCCCGAACCCUGUGCUGAGCCUGCUGCCUUUGGAGACACGCUUCACAUACACUACACGGGCAGCUUGGUAGACGGCCGCAUCAUUGACACUUCUCUGACCAGAGACCCUCUGGUUAUAGAACUUGGCCAAAAGCAGGUGAUACCAGGUCUGGAGCAGAGCCUUCUGGACAUGUGUGUGGGAGAGAAGCGAAGGGUAAUCAUUCCUUCUGACUUGGCCUAUGGAAAACGGGGAUUUCCGCCAUCUAUCCCAGCGGAUGCAGUGCUGCAUUUUGACGUGGAGCUGAUUGCACUGAUCCGAGCCAACUACUGGCAAAAGCUGGUGAAGGGCAUUUUGCCUCUGGUAGGCAUGGCCAUGGUGCCUGCCCUUCUGGGCCUCAUUGGGUAUCACCUAUACAGAAAGGCCAGCACACCUAAAGUUUCCAAAAAGAAGCUCAAGGAAGAGAAACGAAACAAGAGCAAAAAGAAAUAAUAAAUAAUAAUAAUUUUUAAAAACCUUC